AUGGCGCCUGUCCACUCAGACGAUAUGGGCGAAAAGCCACCCCCAACCUCCAGACCAGCUUCUGACUACACCGAGUCCGUGAUAUCCUCCUCCUCAAUCUCCGAGUCAACUCCGCAUGCAGAGGGGGAGGAGCAAACAGAAGCUCCUGUAGCUCGAACGGUCACGGGGAAAUCCUCGAUUGUCAUUCCCAGGAACAAAAGGAGAGGAAUGCUCGGCAGGUUUGGGCUGGUGGCGGAGAUUGAGAAUCCAAAGGACUAUGGCACAGGAACUAAGAACUUUAUCACUAUCCUUGUCGCUGCCGGAGGGGCCGCCGCGCCAAUGGCUAGUACUAUCCUGUUUCCUGCCUUGACGGAGAUUUCCGAGAAGCUUCAUUCGACCCAAUCCCUCACCAAUCUUUCGGUAGCUCUCUAUAUGCUUGCUAUGGCCAUCUGCCCUCUCUGGUGGUCUGCACUCUCUGAGCGGAGUGGACGUAGGACUGUUUAUAUAAUAUCCUUCGCCCUCUUUACGAUUUUUGGAGUCUGUUCUGCUGUUUCGGUAAAUAUUGGGAUGCUCAUUGCAUUCCGAGUGCUGUCUGGGGCAUCGGCCAGUAGUAUGCAAGCUGUUGGUGCCGGCACUAUUUCUGAUAUCUGGGAUGUGAAAGAGCGGGGGAGGGCCAUGGGAUGGUUUUAUCUGGGACCUCUAUGUGGUCCACUUUUCUCACCCGUUAUCGGUGGUGCCUUGACAGGACGUUUUGGGUGGAGAUCAACGCAAUGGUUCCUGGCCAUUUACGGAGUGGUGCUAUGGUUCAUGAUGCUGUUUGGUCUCCCGGAGACGCUUCGAAAGAAGCCAGUGCCAAAGGUUUCUUUGGAAAAGGAGGGUGAUAAUGUGCUGGAAAGAAGCGUGUCCAGAGUCUCUAUCAAGAAGGCCAAGGAAUGGACUGUGACUGCGAGACACAUAUUCAUCGAUCCCCUCAAGUCUCUGCGAUAUCUGAAGUUCCCACCAGUUCUUUUGACUGUCUUCUAUGCCAGUAUGACUUUUACCUGUUUGUACGUCCUCAACAUAUCCAUCCAAACCACCUUCUCAAAAUCACCUUACAACUUCCACGUCAUCAUCGUCGGUCUCCUCUACAUCCCCCCCUCACUCGGCUACGUCGCCGGCUCCCAAGUCGGCGGCCGCUGGUCCGACACCAUCAUGAAGCGUGCCGCCCACAAACGCCGCGCGGCAGCCAGCCUAGAAUCCGGCAUACCUGAAGACGCACCCUUGGAAUACCGGCCUGAGGACCGAAUGGGCAUCAAUGUUCUGAUCGCGGGCAUGCUGUAUCCGUGUGCAAUUCUGUACUACGGAUGGAUGGUGAACCAGGGAUACUACUGGCUGGCGCCAAUGGUCGGGACAACGUUCUUCGGAUUCGGCAGUAUGUUGGUGUUUGGGGCAUCGACGACCAUGUUGACGGAGUUUGUGCCGGGGCGGUCGAGCUCGGCGGUGGCGGUGAAUAACUUUAUAAGGAACAUUUGUGCGUGUAUUGGAGGUGUGGUUGCGGAGCCACUUAUUGUCGCCAUUGGGAAUGGGUGGUUGUUCACCAUUCUUUCGCUGGCGGGACUGUGUUCGCUGAGCACUGUGUGGAUCAUGCGAAAGUUUGGUCCCAAGUGGAGAGCCGAGGUGCACAAGUACAACCUCAACUAA